AUGAGCUUACAUCACAAUCCUAGCUCUGGCUGCUGCCGCUUGUCUGGGCAGCAAGCAGGCGGGCAGCAUCUCAACGAGGCCGGAGGGGACGACCAGCGGCGACAUCAUCACCACCGGCAGCAGCAGCCCGAGACGAAGCGGAGGACGAUGCCCGCGGGCGGGGGCGGCGAAGGCCAGGCGUCCCCUAGGGUUGCCCCGCCGCAGCCGCCCCCACAUCCCGGCCGGCCUCUGCUCUCCGCUUCCCUGCCCUCGGCCCGGCCCUCCGUUGGGACGCUGCGUUGGGACGAGGUGCCCGACGACUUCGUGGAAUGCUUCAUCCUGUCGGGCUACCGGCGGCUGCACUGCUCGGCGCAGGAGUGCCUGGCCUCGGUGCUGCAGCCCACCAACGAGACGCUCAACUUCUGGACUCACUUCAUCCCUCUGCUGCUUUUCGUCGGGAAAUUCUGCCGUCUGCUGGUGUUGCGCGGGGCCGGCGACCUGCCUUUCCAUCACCCUGCGCUGCUGCCGCUGUGGUGCUACGCCUCGGGCGUCCUGCUCACCUUUGCCAUGAGCUGCACGGCCCAUGUGUUCAGCUGCCUCUCGCUACGCCUGCGUGCCGCUUUCUUCUACCUGGACUACGCCUCUAUCAGCUACUACGGUUUCGCCAGCACGGUAGCCUAUUACUACUAUCUGCUGCCCAAGCUGAGCUUGCUGGAGCCGCGCAUGCUCAGUCGCUACCUGCAGCAGCGCCUGGGCUGGCACGUGGACUGCAGCGCGCCCAUCGCCACCUACAGCGCGCUGGUGCUGCCGGUCGCCUUCGUGCUGGCCGUGGCCUGCACCGUGGCCUGCUGCAAGAGCCGCUCCGACUGGUGCGCCUACCCCUUCGUCAUCCGCACCUUCGUCUUCGUCAUGCCGCUCAGCAUGGCCUGCCCCAUCAUGCUGGAAAGCCUCCUCUUCGACCUGCAGGACCACAGCCCCACCCUCUUCCUGCACUUCUACCGCCGCUACUUCUGGCUGCUGGUGGCUGCUUUCUUCAACCUCAGCAAGAUCCCCGAGCGGAUCCAGCCGGGUCUCUUCGACAUCAUCGGCCACAGCCACCAGCUUUUCCACAUCUUCACGUUCCUCAGCAUCUACGACCAGAUGUUCUACGUAGAGGAGGGCCUGCGGCACUUCCUUCAAAGCCCGCCGCCCACCUCGCCUACGUUUACGGGCACCAUCGGCUACAUGCUGGGCUUGAUACUGUGCCUUGCCCUGGUCAUCCGGAGUUUUUUAAAUGGCCCAGAAGUCUGCAAACAAGAAUGA